UAAAUAUAACAUCAUGGUAUGUUUAAAUGAGUAACAGCAAACAAUGGAUUUGAGUAUUCUGCACUGGAAGACUAUUGUUAUCAUUAAUGUUAUUUUCUUGAGGUCUGAUACAAAUGGAGCAAGAUUUGGUUACAAUGAUAAGUAUAUUUGUCAUUGUGGUAAUAACGGAACAUGUGAUUCUGUAACUGGACUAUGUUCAUCAGGAUGUGUGAUGGGAUGGUACAGUGAUUCAUGCCAAAAGGAAAAUGUUGCUUUUAAUAAACUAGCGAGUCAAAGUUCCAAUUACAACUCAGAAAAAAAUGCACAACUUGCAGUUGAUGGUCUCAAAGAUACAAGGGAAAAUUCACCAACUUGUUCACAUACUGCCGAAAAACAGGCCUCAGCAUUUUGGAAAGUUGAUUUAGGGAAGUCAUACCCUAUUAGAGAUAUCAGAAUAUUUGUAAGGAAUAACAUGUAUGGACUUAGGAGAUUGAGAGGAUUUACUCUACAUAUCAUCGAUGAUAAAGAUGUUCAACACCUUUGUCAUAAAGAUGAUGAUACAAAGAAUCUCGGGCCAGAAUUUACUAUAACAUGUAACGGAACAAGAGGAAGAUUUAUAAAAAUAAGUACCGAUAGACCGGGAAAUCAGGCAUUUGUAAAUCUGUGUGAAGUAGAAGUUUUUGUUUGUGCCAAUGGUACAUUUGGACCUGACUGUACCAGCCUAUGUUACUGUGAGGACAAUGAAACAUGUGAUGAAUUGACUGGUUACUGUGGUAGAGGAUGUUUGCCUGGCUGGACAGGGAGAAGUUGUAAUCAAAGUUGUUUAGAAGGAUGGUAUGGUAAAGACUGUAAUAAUGACUGUAAAAAGAGACAUUGUUUAAAGUCAUCUGUAUUUUGUCACCAUUCUACUGGUGUAUGUGAAGAUGGGUGUGAAGUUGGAUGGAAGGGAGACAACUGUCUUACAAGUUGUUUAGAAGGAUGGUAUGGUAAAGACUGUAAUAAUGACUGUAAAAAGAGACAUUGUUUAAAGUCAUCUGUAUUUUGUCACCAUUCUACUGGUGUAUGUGAAGAUGGGUGUGAAGUUGGAUGGAAGGGAGACAACUGUCUUACAAGUUGGUUUUAUGUGCACUUUACGAUACCUGUAGAUAAAAAUUCAUGCAUGCAAAAGGCAUAAAUGGUCAUUUAAGAAUAAAGUAAAAUUCAGAAUCAGCGUCAACUUAGAUUUUCUUGAGUCAAAGGAUUUUCAUGUAGUAUAUUACUAGGGCUGUGUAAUAAUUUUUACUGAGUGCAAUCCUGGUUAUUAUGGUUUAACUGUACUUCUAUUUGUUUUCAAAAGAAAUGUGAAGAUUCUGCUUACUAUAAUCAUGUGAACGAAUUAUGCAAUAAUACUAGUAGUAGUAAGUAUACAAAUUUUAUCUACAUACAGGCCUGUUGUAGAUCUGAUAUUUUUUUAAACAAAUGUUAAUCUCCCAUUUCAUACAAGAGCAAAUAGCAGUACAGUGGUAGUUAGAAAAUCAUAUAAACUUGUCAGUAUGAAAUUAUUGUGAUUUUUUUUAUGCUUGUCUAAGAUAAAUCAUAUAAACUUGUC